AUGGGGUUCCUGAACAAGUUGGUGAUAACUGUGAAGAAGCCCACAAAGAGGUCGAAACAAAUCUGCAUGCACAUACGUAGGAUGCUGGAGCCUAAUGUCACUGCCAAACUUAGAGACAGAAACACAACAGUGAAGUCUUAUCUAGAUGUUGCCGAUGCAUUGGAGCUAUCUCACUUCAUUCUGGUGGAUGCAAGAGACAUCAAGAUCGGAGUCCGGCCAAAGGGUCCUACAUAUGUAUUCAACGUAGUCGACUACAACCCGAAAUACGUUAGGGUGGAAGAAGAGUAUUACAAGAGCGAUCCUUGCAUUACGUUCACAGGAGAAAGCGACCUCAAAGGCUUGUUUCUAUCUCUGUCGUCCCAGCCCGAAGCAUUCAAGAGAAGCCUGCACUUCUACUUCGAUGGAGAUCUUAUUCACAUAAGGCAUUAUGCCAUUCUCACAAAAGAGGAGGAAGACAUAAAGGUUGGGUUCAAUGAAAUAGGGCCCCGGAUCACAAUGAAGCUUGUUAAGAAGAUGGAUGGGUUUUUUGAGUAG